CGUCUCUUGUCUGAACAGUUCAUCUCUCUCGCCUCUCACUUCUUUGUCCUUUUUUUAAUUACAAUUUUAUUUUUGUAAUUACUCUGGUUUGAAUUUUUUGCAUAGACAUGAAAAAAGAAGAAGACCACACGUUGGCUCCGAAUAAAACAUGGCCGAGUCACCCUCCGAGUCAACCUCCGCGUUGCUUAGCACCACCACAUCCACUAAGCCCGCUCAAUCCGGGACUGUUUCUAUUUCAAGCCCUCAAAGUCACCAUGUCGUCUUCCCUGAGAUCCCAAUCGAGAUCAUCAAUGAAGAAGAAAUAGUUAUUCUCGAUGCAGCUCUUGCAGCCUCCCACUCCAUCCUACCUUCCGUCAUUCGUUCUGUUUCUCCGUCACAGAUGAUCGCCGGCGGAAGCCCAAUAACUAUUCGUUCAAUUACUCUUUUCUCCAAGAGGAAAUUAUCAGCUUGUUUAUAUAUCGAAGAGUCUUAUCUACAUCGAUUUAGAAGAAAUCAGUCUUUAGGUGUCACAGAUCUCACCGGUACUGUACGUUUGUUUUAUAUCACAGUCAUAUCAUAGGAAGAAGAGAUCGAAUAGUAGCGACGACGUGGACAGCGGCUAAUUGUGAGAGAUGAUUUAGAUUUAGUACAAUUGUUAGGUUUAAUAUCUCUUUUUCUGGUGAGAUUAAUUUGUGGUCCACUACUCAUCCAUUUCAUUAAUUUUCCAUUUCAUUGCUCAUGUUAUUUCAUAAUCUACAAACAUAUCUUUGGAAUCUCA